CUGCGCAAUGAACCUGCUUAUGAUGAUACAUUAUUAGAUUAUAUACGUACUCAAGCAUCUUUCGCCUGCAUUACGGUAUUCGUCAUGUCUUUGGGUUCAGUUUUUUCUUUCUACACUUUUAUGAAUCCACGCUAUAUGUUUAAGAGACUUGCUGGUGGUAUACAUUUGGUGUCUGCAUCGACAGCUCUUGUAGUAAUACAAGUGCUGUUCGCUUCAAUAGAUUACACAAAAGAACAUUUGUUCUAUUCAUAUCCGGAUGGUGCAGAACUGACUUAUGGAUUUGGUGUCUACUUAGCUUGGUUCACAUUUGCUGUUAACAUCGUUUGUGGUAUUAUGUUCAUUUGGUAUUCUGGUAAGAAGAAGGGUAGUAAGGCCCCAACUGAUGAAAUUGCUAUGGCAGAUGAGCCUACUAUUAUGGGCAGAUGAAGAUAUUUACAGAUCAGUAUGUUCCUAUAAUAAUUGUUGUUCCUUAACUGCCUUAGCAUUUUACCUUACUUAUGUAUAUUAGUUUAGUUGCGAAAGAUAUAUCAACACAUAUACAAUUAUAUGUAUAUAGGCAAACUAAACUUAAACAUACAAAAAAAAAAAUAUUAUAGUAUGGGUCCGUUUUUUGAACAGAUUCUAUAUCAAUUAUUUUGUAAAUAAUAUCAAAAAAAAAAUAAAUUAAUAUUAGUCAACU